AUGAAUGGAGAUCAAAAGCCGUCACAUUUGGUUCACGUGACAUUGUGGAUGCGAACAAAGAUACCGAACAGACAAUGGAUUGCGAACUGUUCUACGCAUCCGGAUGAGGCCAAACAAACAUUGCGGAACGUGAUUAUUUUCGCUUUACAAUCCACGGCGCUAGCGCAAUCGUUUCGAGACGCCCACUGCUUGCAUAACGAUAUGCAUAACGAAUUUCCCGCCAUCUUGGUCACCUUAGAAUUCGAUGCGGAGAGCUAUGUCGGAUUCGAUCAUCCAGUUGGUCACACACCGGAACGUUACUUUGGUCAUCUGAUUCGGCCGGGAUUACAAAAACAGUCAUACGGCUGUCGUGUGUUGUAAUUGAUGGUCGACGGCAUGUUGGAACAGAAGUGCAUCCCAGUCCCGUGGACAGUUCGCUUUCUGUUCAAAUAUCAAGAGGCGAUUCGCUCGCAGAGUGAAGAACUCAAAGGUUUGCUGAAAAAAAUGCGUUCGGAUUUAAAAAUAAUGCCAAAGAAAUCUCCUAUCUACAUGGAUCGAUAUUAUAACAAAAGUGAUUACACGGCCAUUGUGGUGUUCUUCUAUGCGGAUCGGCGAAGCAGAAUAUUGACAAACGGAUCAGAUAAUGCGAAAGAUAAAAUAACCGAUUACGUGAAAGAAAAUCUAGUUGAAAAUGGUUUGGAUCCACUGGAUUUGUUCAUCAACGGAGUGGCAUGUCGCCUCGUGCUAUCCCCAACUCCGUCGUGUAUUCUCAUCGGUCUUGUAGUCUGUUCCUUAUAUGUGAUACUGCUUGGUCUUUUUGCGACCAGAAAACUACGCCUCACAGAGUAUGUACAGUCAGAUUUUACCUACGACAUCGAACCUAUUCUCGGAGUGCAGAGCUCUGCCGUUUGUCAAACAUUUCAUUUACGUCAACAUGACUGGAACACCACUGAUCAGUCCCGUGUUCAGCCACCCAAAUGUGAUGAAAGAGGUAUUUUGUCCAACACAAAUCCCACAUACCUAUACGAUAUAUCUAUCACAAACGGUCAACUGAACAUUCGAAAAAGAAGUGUUCGGGAAAACCAGACCACUGACGGAGAUAUCCAAUGCAGUCUGUUCCCCAUAAUACGGUCAGAUGAGUAUCAUUCAAUUUACGGCAUCCCGGUCAAUUCCGUUCAGGAUGGAUAUCGACCCGACUGGCCAGCGUUUAUGGUCCUUUGUCAGCCCAGAGAAAAUCUGAUCCAACUACCACAAGCUCGAUGGAACAGCGAAAAGUUGAAACAACAAGAACGACACUUUGUCUGCGGUGCGUUUCCCCCGGUGCACCUCGACACAACACAUGCCAAACAUGGACCUAUGUUUAAUGUUCUGCUACUUGGACUGGAUUCCAUAUCACGUGUCGCUGCUGAACAAUACUUGCCGCAGACCAUGGCCUGGUUAAGAAGCCACCGCAAUGUGGAAAUAAUGGAUUUGUACAACAUCAUUGGAGAUGGAACGACGGCAAAUCUGUUAGCCUUAUUGACCGGAUUGUUUGAACAUGAGUUACCCGAGAGUCGAAAGUCACGUGUGGUACCAGUUUCAGUGAAUAGUCUAACCCCGAAUGAAACGGUACUGGACACAUAUCCUUGGCUUUGGGGUGAGUUCAACCGAGUCGGAGGCUAUGCGACACAUUUCAUCGAGGACUCACCCAAAUGGGGAACAUUUCAGCAUCGAUUAACUGGUUUCGGUGUUGAACGAACACCGACACAUAGUUACGGUCGUCCGUGUCUGUUAAUGGCUGCACAAGAGGAGCACAGAUAUGGUAAAACUUUGGGUUGUAUACACGCAAGGUACACACAUCACAUGUUACUUGAAUCGACGACGGAAUUCUUCCUGGCCUACAAGGACCGACCGCGUUUCAGUUUGACCUUCCUCAGCGAGAUGAUCCACGAAAAUUCGGCUUAUGUGUCCAUAUUGGAUAGUGAUGUGGCCAGAUUCCUUGACAAAAUACAUAAGGACGAUGUGCUCAGCAACUCGCAUGUCCGAAUGGACAAAGCUGAGCAUGUCUUUGCGAACACCUUGGUGAUAUUGUUCGCCGAUCACGGACCACGAAUGGGCUCAGCUCGAUUAUCGGCACAGGGCAAGAUGAAUGAAAGACUUCCGUUACUGAGCUUUAUUCUACCUCAACGAUUGAUUCGUGCUUGGCCGAAAGCACGCGAGGCCCUGCAUCGAAACCGCGAACGUUUGACCACACUGUUCGAUGUCCACAUGACACUGAGACAUCUACUUCACUGGCAGACACACAAAUCAGACACGCGUGUAUCGUCUGUGCCUAAACCAGCUGUCAGUCGAGGUAGUUCCCUGUUUGUGGAACUUCCGGUUCACCGGAGCUGUGCCGAAGCGCACAUUCUACCGCAAUGGUGCACGUGUUUGAACUGGUAUCCGAUCCGGGCUCGGUCGAGUUGGUCUACUCAUAUAUUCUGUUCCCUAUGGCCUUCAUGGAUUGAAGAAGCUGCACGUACUGUGGUUAGUAGUAUCAACGCACAACUUGAUGCUGUCCGCCGAUUGGAUCCCGGUGAGCUCCGGUGCAGUCGUCUCUAUUUCCGUGAGCUGGUUUCAGCCGAACAAGCCUUACCGUCACGUGAACUGAUGCGAUUUGUACGUAGUCUGGACGUGGAUGGUCGUAUUCCCCAGUACAUGCGUGAGGAUGAUCAGGCCGCGAUCGGAGAAGGUUGGACUGCCGAUUCGCGCGAAUCAGUUGCACCACUUCUACGCCUGGUAAUCCGAACCGGACCUGGUCCGGGAUCACAACAUUUUGAGGCAAUUGUUCAAAUUCGUUUGAAUUCAAAAAGACAAAGGGAAUUCGUACUGAGUACAGUUAAUCGACUGGACCAGUAUGAACCACGAGCUGGGUGUCUUCCGUCCGCAAAGUGGCCAGAAAUUCGACCAUUUUGUGUUUGUCCACCAAACGGGAACGAUGUGGAUCGGGAUAUUGCAUAA